AUGGCGUUCCCACUUUCCACAAACCAGCUUAUCGCACACUUGAGAAGCUCAUUUGUAGCUAUUAAUGACGAACAUGACAUAGGCCGAAAAAUUGUGAAACCGUAUGGAGAUCACGAAGAUGUGUCGCAGAAUAUGCUGAGUGCCACUUCAUUUCUUCUGGAAUCCCCACCCAUAACUUUUGACAUCGCCAGGCAUAUAAGUAAGAGUUACCAAAGGUUGGAUAACUAUCAGAACAGACGUAGGACUGUUAAAAGGAAAACUGAUAAUAAAAAUAAGAAGAAGAAGAAGAAAAAGAUUGAGAGUGGACUGAUAAGCAACAAAGAGCGUAAUUCUAGAAACAGUUCCAAAAAAUUGAAAGAAAUAACAAGGAUCAGUAAUAAGAGUAGCUUGGAUCUUGAAUCUGUAAAUGAAGAUGGCUCUAACUAUAAGGCUACCGAUGAUGCAACAAUUGAACCAGUUAAUUCCGAGAGUAACAAAGAACCAGAUGAAAAACAGAGAUCGAAUGGUUUAUCAUAUACAAAGACUAUUACUGGGAAAAAGAAGAAGUCUAUUACACCGAGCUUGACAACUUUAUUCCGUGGGACAAGGAAAAAGACGGAUGAUCGUAAUUUGGAAUUGAUUGAAGAGGAAAACAAUGUGGGUAGCGACGAUAGCUGUGACGAUGGUAACUUGAAUGUAAAGUAUGAUGAUUUUGAUGAAGAUGACGACGAAGUCACCACUAAAUUAAGUGAAGAAAUUGAGAACAACGAAGAUGACAUACUAUCCAUUGACAGCGAUUUUGGAGUUCCAGUGAAUUCAAAGGGUCAAGUGGUGAGACGAGUUAAUAUUAGAGGCAAGAGUGAAAUAAGUCCUUCUCAUCUGAAACGAAGGCCUUCGAACGAGAUAAUUUCGAGCCCUACCGAACCAAAUACUACCAUAGAUACUUUGGAUUAUGAAGGUCAAGAAUAUUCGGAAGAAGAUGUUAACGAUGAUAAUGAUGAAGAGGAUGAUGAGGAAGAUGAUGAGGAAGACGAUGCUGAUGAAGAAUACUACCGUGACGGGAUUGAAGCUGAUAACAACUACGACGACGAAGAUGAUGAUGAUGAUGAUGAUGACGACGAAUAUGAUGAUGACGAUGAUGACGAAAUAGAUACCUCUUCGACGGACUCUGCGUUCACUGAUAUUGAAGCCGGCUCAAUGCUUGAUAAUUCAAUUAUCCUUGACUCAUUCGACAACAGCUUCACGUUUGAAAAUCAGAACGGCUUCCAUCUUAAGAACAAGAAGAAGAGAACUUCUAGCAGCAAUGGAGGUUCCUAUAGAAAAUCGUUGUCCUCCAAUGCAUUGCAGUUACCCAGUAAUACUUUCAACCCCCAUGUAAAUCCAUUAAAUGCUUCGGAACAUCCUUCCGGUGAUAAUAUCAAUAAUCAUUCAGUUAGGAGGUUUUCUCUUCCACUUAUCAAAAAGAACCCAAUUCACAGCACCCUUCAUUUCGACCGAAUAGAUCCCCCCGUAAAAAUCGAAGAAAAUAGUCCCCAUAAUUCAAAUUUGACAUCUUUGAUUCAGUCAAAGUAUAAAUCGAUAAAUAUCAAUCCACUUACUUAUUUUUCGUUUGCAAACUCCCAGAUUCCAAAUGAUAACAUUGAUAAAAACUACAUUAAAAAGAUCCACCUAAAUAUAUUUUUACCACCGAAGAGGACUCCUACAAUUCUGUCUAUGGAAAUUAAUAAUAACUCGUCCGUGGUUGACUGCAUUGGAUACAUUUUACUCCAAAUACAUCAGAAUAAAUGUGAUGAAGAGUUUAUCAAGAAAUAUCCAAGUUCCAAUGAUAUGAACCCUAACCAUUGGAGAAUCGAAAUGGUUGACGAAGAUGGAGAGAAUUAUGGGAGUUUUGGAAUUCUAGACAGAGCAAGACUUUUAUCAUCUUAUAAUAAUAUUACUGACAUUGCAUUAUGCAAAGUUGAUGAUGCCAAGGAAAUAGCCAGAAAUAUUAUUCAGACUCCUUUAUCUCCUGAAUUUUUGCUUAGUUUAAAGAAACGUGAAGGAAUUGAUUUGAUGAUAAAUAAACGCAAAUCUUCCGAUAUUCCACUGGAAUUUUAUGAGGGAGGUGGCAUUGAGGUCAAGAUUUUUGAUUCUAAAAGAAGGAAUAAUUCUACUGGCAAUCCAGGUGGAGAAAAGAGUUCUACUAUCAUUGCCACCUCACCAAAGGCGACAAUAGGCCAAUUACUCAGAGAGUAUUGUUCCCAAGAACGUCUUGACUCCAACAAGUACAAGUUCAGAGAAAUUAAAAGGUACCAAUCUUUACUUCUGCAAUCGGCAUCUAAUGCAAAAUUUUUAACUGAAGAAGAUACUAUUGAAAACUUAGAAAGUAAAAUGGUAGAGAUAGUACCUUUCGAAAGUGGAUUAGCUCCUGAUGCAUUUGGCAAUGAGUUUGCCAUUACUGCACCAGCUGAAGAUGGUUUAGAAGGAAUUACUCCGAGUGAGAAUACUUACAAUUUCAACUAUAUUGACAAGGAUAAAAAGCAGGCUACUUUGGAAAAGAAGACUAGUAAGAUCAAUGAAAUAGAAUCUACUAAAGCUACUCAACUUACCAGAAAAGACAGUACCACUAGGAUUACUAAGAAAAUAGCCAACUUAAAGGUAGCAGAAAAAGCAAAAUCUGUUUCACCUAGUAAAUAUUUAGACAAUUCAAGAUUACUUCAGAGUAACUCGCAAUUAUUCCUUCCUACUAAUUUGAAUUCAAUCUAUUUCAAGUGGAAAGUUUGGCGUAAAAAGACUACUAUUUUAAAUAAAAUUGAAAAAUCCUUAGUGAUUGAUGGUGACUACAUACACUUAACUCCAUCGGAUGAUGCGAUAUUUAAAAAGAAUCCUAAUGGCUCUCCUGGAAUAGCAAAUAAUACUGCCGUUACCGGAACUCAUCACCAUUUCCAUCAUUACAACUAUUCCAGUUACUACAACAAUCUGAUGAUGAAGACGACAUCAUUCCAUAUUACUCAGAUUGUCAAAUUGAAGCAAUAUAAGAUGAGCAAGAAUCCCACUCAUUUUAAAAUUGUCACCAAGAAGUUUGUCGAAAACGGAAAGGUCCCAAAUAAGAGGUAUGACUUAGAGGCAAUUGACGUAGAAGAAUGCGACCAGAUUAUUCAGAAGAUUAAAUGGGUCCAACAGGUUUACAAAAAUAAUAUGAACUUAUAG